AUGAUUUUAAUUUUAGAAGAAUGUGAUAAUAACUUCUUAUCUUGCUUUAGAUAUAUUAUACUUGCUAUACUGUCUCUAAUUAUUGCAAUAAUCUCAAUAAGCUGGUCCUUCCAUUAUUAUAAAGCUCAUGGAUCAUUAAGAUAUGAAAUAGCACCAAUGAUUUGUUGUUGUUUACAAGCAAUUGUUCAUUUAGUUCAAUACACCAUUUAUAAUUCAAAUCGAAUGAUAAUAUCUGCAAGCUUAUUACAACUAUUUACCUUUAUACUUGUUUCAUAAAGCUUAGCCAAUUUGAGAUAUCGAUUCAAAUAUGCAGAUGACUGUAAUUAUUCAUUUUUAUCUAUAUAGUGGAAAAAAGAAAAAAUAGAUAUUUAAGAUUGAUUAUUGGUAAAGGAGCCUUCUAUUUAGUAGUAUUUUCAUUAUAGUUUUUCUUUUUCUUUGAAAUUGAUGACUCUUCUUGCAAUAAGUAUGAUUAAAAUUCAUAAAGUAGUUAUUUUUAUUACAGUCUCGAUUUAUUAGAAGUACAAAUACUUAUAAUCACUAUAUUCACAUAAAUUCAUGGAUAAUCACUUAUCUAUUAUAUAAGAAGGAAAGAAGAAUCAUAAAACCAAAAUUAAGAACAAUAUUCAAAAUUACUUGAUAACUCUUCAAUGAUAAAAAAUACAUUAACCAUGAAAUUAAAAUAGAUUAAAUUAGUUAUAUUAGCAUAAACUAUUACAAUGAUAACAUUCAUAGUCCUCAUAAUAAUAAUGUACAAUACAAACAAAGAAUUAUUUUGUUUUUAAUAAAGCAAAGAAUAAACAUAUUCUGUUUUUUAAAUAAGCAUUCAAAUAUUUUUUACAGGAGUUCAACAAUUUCCUUGUUUUUAUAUACCUUAUGCAUUUUAUUAUGCUGAAAAACCGAGAUCGGUAUCAAGAACAACUGUUAUCGAUUUCAAUAUUUAAUAAGAUGAAUCUACUGCAGAAUAACAAAUUAAUAAAACUAGAAAAGAUAGUUCAUUUGAUGACAACUUUGUUAAUAUGAUUCAUAGUAUAUAAUAAAAUGAUUGA